GACUGCUGCCUGCGCUGUAAGUACACUAUGGGAGCAUAACGUGGCUAAUAGAGUUGACAGGUUGUUUGACGUACUGACAGAAGUGUUUAGUGGGCAGACUAACACAGGUAACCUGCUGGCACAGGUAAAUGUAUGGUCAAGUAAAGAGCAUACGUGAUUGUCCCUGUGCAAACACGGGCUGCUUAACGAGUAAUUUAUUAGUAAAUACCGCGGAAUUUCCGGUCGGGUAAUACGGAAGAAGGUUUUUCCUGCUCCGUUGGGCGACGUGGCCACCUGGAGUAGCGAGAUGGCAGCGGAGGAGCUCGGAGGUGCUGGCAGCAAUGGACUCGGGCAAGUUUCUGAAAACACCACCACCACAGAGUUCCCCGCUGCGGGAAGUGAAAAUGAAAAGGCGCCUAACAAGGAUGAGGAUCAGAAAGAGUUGGACCUGGAAAGGAACUGGGGCUUCUCUUUAGAGGAAAUAUUCGGGCUGGCGCUUAAAUUUUUUAAAGAAAUGAAUGGAAAAGCUUUCAACCCAACAUAUGAAGAAAACCUGCGGUUGGUUGCACUUCAUAAGCAGGUCUCACUUGGCCCAUAUAACCCUGAUGCUUGCCCAGAAGUUGGGUUCUUUGAUGUACUGGGAAAUGACCGAAGGAAAGAAUGGGCACGACUGGGCAGCAUGGCCAAAGAGGACGCCAUGGAGGAUUUUGUGAAGCUUCUGAACUCCUGCUGUAGUUUGUUUUCACCAUAUGUCACCUCUCACAAGAUUGAGAAAGAAGAACAAGAGAGAAGAUUAAGAGAAGAAGAGGAACGUCUCAGGGCAGAAAGAGAGGAGCAGGAGCGACAGAAGCAAGAGGAAGAACGGCAUCGAAGAGAGGAGGAAGAGAGAAGGAAACAGGGAGCAGAUCGGUUAAUAGUGAUGGAACAGAAGCAACAGAUCAUGGCUGCACUGAAUGCACAAACAGCUGUGCAAUUCCAGCAGUAUGCACAGCGGCACUUCCCUGACAGUCCAGAACAGCAGCAGUUGCUCAUUCAACAGCUUCAGGAACAGCAUUACCAACAGUACAUCCAACAAGCCUACCAAGUUCAGCAGAAGGCUUUGCAGAGACAGCAGGACUCAGCCAUAAGUCAGACUGCUCAGCUACCACCUCCUCAUUCAAAUGACCUUGUGUCAGUCAAAAAUACCAGCAGCCAGUCAGAUUCCUCACAAAGUCAAGAGCAUGAGGCGAACCCAAAACCAUGUCAUUUAUUCAUAGACGGCAAACCAGGAGAUGUGGCCAUCCUGGCUCCCUCCAUGUGGACAAGGCCUCAGAUAAAGGAAUUUAAGGAGAAGAUGGCGCAGGAUGCAGAAUCUAUGAUCACUGUGGGGAGAGGGGAGGUUCUGACCGUGCGGGUGCCCACUCACGAAGAUGGCACUUACCUCUUCUGGGAAUUUGCUACGGACCACUACGAUAUUGGCUUUGGCUUAUACUUUGAGUGGCCCAACACAGCAAAAGGAACAAGUAGUGAGAAAACAGGGGAAAUUGUUUCUGAAAACCAAGAGACAGGCCAGACUGAAGAAGAGAAAGAAAAUUCAGAGAGCCAAACAGGAAGCAACCUCCCUCAUGUGAACGAAGUGGUCCCCAUCUUUCGUCGGGACAGCCAUGAAGAAGUCUACGCAGGCAGUCACCAGUACCCAGGCGACGGAGUUUACCUACUCAAAUUCGACAAUUCAUACUCACUCUGGAGGUCAAAGGUUGUGUAUUACAGAGUCUACUACACAAGAUAGGCUUUGCAAAGACAAGCCUUGUCUCACAAAGCCUGGGUGCUGAACUCUUGGCACUCUUGGCCUUUGAGUCUGCUGUGUUUGGCUCUGAAUCAUAGCAAUAACUAUAGCUGGUUCUAAAUGAGCUGAUGAAGUGGUAUAAUUUUAAUAAAAGUUUUAAACACUACAGUGUAGUGUGCAGCUACAGUUCUUUUCUAACGAAUGAAAAGCAGGGCAGACACAGGGUUAGGAGCCAAGUUAUGUCCUGCUUAGUUUACUAAAGGAUAAAUAAAUUCUGCUCUAUAUGUUGCUAGUUUAGUUUUGAAAGUUUAUUUUAACGCUGACAGUUUUUCUAUGCAGCAAAAUUAAUCCAUGCAGUGGAACCAAGGCAUUCUUUAAUGGUGUUGAUUUAUCUGAUUGAUUUAUUAAUGAAGUGAUAAUGUAAGUAGAUUUGUAAGUGGUGUUUGUGAUAAGCACUUCAAAUUCAGUGCUGUAGCAGAUGAAUUCUAGACACCAUUAUUAAAACUAUUUUAUAGUUAUAUUUUUUAUAACUGCCAUGUGCAGCAGAGUAGAAAGCAAAGAACACAGCGUCUUCCUGAGUGUGCCUUGCAUUUACCAGAGGGUUAGCUGUAUACAAUACCACUAAAGCUGUUUCUUUAAGUCAAGUAGAUGAACAUUGCCUUGUUUUGACGCUUAGCUUACUUUCUUCCUGGAUGUAGUUUACUUGGUAUGUGGAUCUGUGAAAUUUAAUGAAGAUUUAAUGAAGGAUGAUUUGUUGGCAGUCUUAUGCAAGUUCAUAUAAAAUAUAAAAACCAUACUUACAUUGUAUAUUCUUAAGCUAAAUAGCACACUGGAAAUUGAUUCAUAUUUUUGGUGCAGAAUUUGGGAUUUGCUGCAAACAUUGAUUUAUCUUUCACUCCUGAAAUUCAUAGAGGGCUCUUAUUUACUUAAUAUGUAACAUGCUCUGGUGUAAUGACUAACACUUUUUUUCAUUUUAACAUGUUUAUUUAGGGAUGCACCAAUGUGAGAUUUGUAUGCUGAAAUAAUUUUUCAUGCACGCAUCUGCUGAUAUCAAUGUUCAUACGCAAACAUUAAAAAGUGUAUUUUUGUAGUAUUAAACUGCAGUAAAAUGAAUAAACACAAAUUUUAGAGUAGGAGCACAUAGUCACAUAAACUUUGUUCUUACAGAGUACUAGAAAUACAUUUUGAAAUAUCAGUGAACAAUAAACAUCUGUCCGAUGCUAAUAAGCAAUUAUCUACAAAGACCAAUAUGCUUCUGAUAUCAUCAUGCAUCCCAUCCUUUUAUUAUAUGUCCACAAUGGAAUGUAAAAAGUAUUACAUUCAUUGGAAAGGAUGUUUAUCCAAGCCCACAAGUGUCUAAAAAGAAUCAUCUUCAUAAAACGGAUCCAAACAAAAUAACAAAAACAAAAUAAUGAAUAAGAUCAAAAUGGGUUUGUUAGUGAAAUGGUUAUACAUCACAUUUUACUGGCUUGCUGCUAGUCAGAUGUUUGGCCACAUGGGUUACUAACAUUUGAUGUGAUUGGUUGAAUUUAUUGUAUAUAUGAAGCAUAAGGCUCUGACAAAUACUAGUCAAGUAGUGCUUACACUGACACAUAUUAGGCCCAUUGGAAUGGCUAGAUUUAUAUUCCCUAACUUUCUUGUGGUUUGAAGAAAGGUUUGGGGGUUUUUGGUUUUGGUUUGUCUUUUUUGGGAUGUCAUUCUGUACAGAAUACUGUAAUUUUCCUUUUUGUACCUGGAUUAUUUAAAUUACUGUAAUUAAUUUGUGGGCUAACCUGGAGAAGGUCCUGAAAAAAAAGCAGAAUGGUGAUUUAGUGUUGCUCAUGUAAAGGAUUUAAAUGUGCCAAUGAAUUCUGCACAUGCUGACCCGUAGAGUUUUCUCUUGUAGAGAAAUCAUUUUGACUACUGCUGCUCUGCUACUCAGAAUACCAGUGAAGACUGUAUGUAAUAAGUUUAAUUAAAUGGAAUUAUAUCAGUCAUGCA